ACACAAAGUGCAAGAAGGAACAAGGUAGAUAAAAAGAGCAGCGCAGACAGAGAGACAUGCGUGUACAGUGACGUCCAGUUGCUCGGAUUAGUUACUGACUUUGGCUUUUAGUACAAACAGCUGCUAAGUAGGAAAGUGUGUCGUAAGUCCUGACUUACUGCUGCCAUUCAGGCUGCUGCAGGCUAGGAGCCCUGUCUGCUCUGUGCGCUAGUCAGCUAACCUAGGUUUACUCAGCUCCUGCAAACUGUUCUCCCUCAAGAAACGACCCAGAGAAAAGGAAAGAUGUCAGAGACGACCACCAGCUCCAAGACCUUUCUGAGAGGUGUUGUAGAAGGGUUUUAUGGGCGGCCAUGGACUAUGGAGCAAAGGAAAGAGCUGUUUAGAAGGGAACAGAAAUGGGGCUUGAACACUUACCUGUAUGCCCCAAAAGAUGACUACAAACACAGGACGUACUGGAGAGAGCUCUACACUUCAGAGGAGGCGGAGCAACUGAUUACUCUCAUCUCUGCUGCAAAAGAGAAAGAUAUUGAGUUUAUUUACGCCAUCUCACCUGGAUUAGAUAUUACAUUCUCUAACCCCAAAGAGGUGGCAGCUCUCAAGAGGAAGCUCAGCCAGGUGAGCGAGUUUGGGUGCAGAUCCUUUGCGCUGCUCUUUGAUGACAUUGAGACAGAAAUGUGUGCUGCUGAUAAAGAGGCCUUCAGCUCCUUCGCUGAUGCACAGGUGGCCGUCACCAACCAGGUGUUCCAGCACCUGCAGGAGCCACACGCCUUUCUCUUCUGUCCAACAGAUUACUGUGCCACAUUUUGUACCCCAAGUGUGAGUCAGUCUUCAUAUUUACACACUGUUGGAGAGAAACUUCUUCCUGGUAUUGAUAUUCUCUGGACCGGCCCAAAAGUCGUGUCUAAGGAUAUUUCUGUGGAGUCCAUAGAAGAGGUGUCCAGAGUUCUCCGACGGCCACCAGUGAUUUGGGACAACAUUCAUGCUAAUGAUUACGACCCCCAGAGGCUUUUCCUGGGGCCUUUCAAGAACCGGCCCACUGAGCUCAUUCCCAAACUCAGAGGAGUGCUCACCAACCCCAACUGCGAGUUCGAACCCAACUUUGUGGCUGUUCAUACACUGGGCACCUGGUGCAAAUCCAGCACAGGCCAGAAAGAUGUUGCUAUGGAUGGUGAGGAUCAGGGCUCUGACUACAACCCUCAGGAGGCAUUGCGGCUUGCCCUCUCUGAAUGGCUGAUUGAGUUUGGUAUGGCAGAUCAACCUGAUGUGUCCCGUGCUGGCAGCGGCCGUCCUAAGAGAGAGCCAUCUGAGGAGGAGCCCAUGCAGACAGACGAGUAUGUCCCGGGACCUAAAGAGAACCCCCUAUACACAGCCGAGCCACUGACCCUGGAGGACCUUACUCUGCUGUCUGAGCUUUUCUACCUGCCCUACGAGCAUGGCCCCACUGCCCUGGCCAUGUUGAGAGAACUCCACUGGCUCCGUGGCAACAGCCAUGCUGCUGUGUUCGGCCCUACAGCACCUGAGAACGAGAAGACCAAAGAAUGGCGAGAGAGAGCAGAGCACUUUGAUGAUAUGUGUGCUGCAGUCGUCCGGAUGUUUAAUAGGCUGUCAAACGUGCCGAACAGGACCAUUCUGUAUGACCUGUACAACUACAUCUGUGACAUAAAAAGUGGCGUAUCCUUAGCCAGAGCGUUUGUUGGCAGUUUGGGAGGACAUAAUCCUCCUCCCUGCCAGGUUAUAAAUGAUGACCCAGAGCCGUGGGGCUUCAGAGGUGGACUUUCCGGAGAGUUCCAAAGAAUGCUUCCUUGUCAUGGAAACCGAGAUCUUUUCCAUACACCUCCUGCCAGUCGAGUGUACACCAUUCGGCCAUGCACUCCAAAAGACAAGUCCGAGGUACUGAGGUUGUCCAAGGAGAUGCAGAGCGAGACACUGCAGCAGGCGGCAUUAAUUGGUGACAGGCUGGUGGACGGUCAGCUUUCCCCUUCUAAAUACUGCGAUCUGGUUCUGGAGGACGAGGCGGGCCUCUGUGGCUUUGCUUUCGCCCUCACUGAUGCCAAGACUGCCAUGACCAAAUCCCAGUAUCCUGAAACAAUGCUGAGAGACUUCCCCUCCCUCAUGGCUAUUCAAAUCCAUCCAAGAGUCCCAGACCCCAGCACUGCCAAGCACCUGAUAUGCAGUGUGCUUUCUUCACUGAAGGAGAGUAGCUCCAUAGGGGUAUUCUGUGAAUUCAGAUCAAGCGACAAGAGAAUGCUGGAUUUCCUCAGGACGCUGGGCCUGCUCCAUGUGCUCAAAGUGGAUGGACUACAAGCAGGCCUGGUCCUCAUGGGAACAAAGCUAUGACUUUGAACUGUUCAACAAACAUUUUUCAGUUGAAUGAAAGCCACUCAUAAUGUUUGCUAAAGUAGAACAUUUAUAAAAUAACAGAAUUUUUACUCAAUUUGGACAACGGUUUGUAGUGUAGGGUGGGAUAAUUUGAUUUUCUUUUCUAUUAACUCCUUAAUGUGAUCACAACUUUGAUUGUCUUGGGAAGAAAUGAACAGUGUUUAAAUGUAAAAAUACACCAGAAUACUUCAGUUCCUCCUGUCAGGGACAAAAGCACUUAAAAGCUUGUGAUGUGCGAAGCCUGCUGUUCUGUGGUUGAUGAUAUGUUGUACAAAGUGCCAUUCACUGGUAGAACAAACACAUUCUUGAAUAACAGGUGUUCAAGCACCUUUAUUUUAAUGUUUAUUGGCCAAGAGCAAGACUGCUUAACAUUUUUGAUCCCUGAUGGUCAGAACUCAGAUGAGUUACAUUCAAAAUGUAUGUGCAGUUCAGCAGCUUUUUAAACAGAAUAAAACAAAAAUAAAAACA